UCGCUGAGAGCAUCCCACGCUCGUACCCAUCCCGUGCGCAGAGUCCUGCCCGCUAGCUUUUCUGUUUGUGCACGUCAACUCAGCGGAGAGCGGGCUUCUCACCUUCGUGCGCGUUUCCAAAUCAAAUGCAGAUAUUUGGUCUUUUUUUCUUCUUAAUUUUAUUAUUAUAAUUUUUUGGAAGGGUUCCUCGUCUGCAGUUCUUGACAUCACGCUGAUGUUCUUCACUUCUGAGCUCUCCACCCAGUCAGCAGGGGAGCGCUGGACCAGAGAGACGCACAAGCAGGGGAGAGCAGGCUGAUGUUAGCGGCUGUGGUGAGGCUCUGUCUGCCAGUUUAAAACUAAAGAAACAGCUAAGACUCGUUUAAUGAACGACUGUGGCUGCUGGGCUCGGUUUAGAGACCAUGGAUCCGCUGCACGGCCGCUGUCCUGGCGGGUUACUUGUUUUGUGAAGUGUGCGCAGGAACAGAUGCUUCACUUGAUUGAGCCCAGAUGAUUUUUUUUUGCAAAGUGAUGGCAGGUCGUUAGCAGCUUGCUUUCAGUUUUCUCGGAGUUGGUGUGUGUGCGUGUGUGUGUGAUUACUUCUUUGCACCCCUCUGAUUACUUCUCACACCUGACUGUUAACAAUGAUCGCCGGAGGUCCCGUUUCAGCGCGACUCGCUUACACAACAUCUACUGUGCAUGUGCAUCUCGUCUUUUGCGGACGCGACUUUAUUUGCAGAUAACUUUUGAAUCUGAACUCAAACUCAGGCUGUGGACUAGUUUCAGUCGGACUAUGACUUGGUCCAAACUUUGCUCUGCGCUCCUGCGGAUGAUCCAGUGAAACGUGUCAAGUUGUCUGUAGUUUAAUCGCGACAGCCUUGAGAUGUUAGGAAGUCCAUCAAACAACGGCGGCAUCAGGAUGCUGGCGCCUCCGGCUCCGAACGACGAGAGGCGGGUAGAGUUUGUGGCUCUCACCGCCGUCCAGACGGAGAGAAGCGAGCCGUCCACUCCGGAGCGCGGACACCCGUCUCACCGCACGGGUCUGCUGGGAACCCCGCUGCCUGGACCGCCCGGACCUCGGGCCAACAUGUCCGCUUCAAGCAAGCGCUACAGAAAGUUGCAAAACUGCCUGUACAACGUGCUAGAAAGACCAAGAGGAUGGGCAUUCAUCUACCAUGCAUUCAUUUUUCUUCUGGUGUUCAGCUGCUUAGUGCUGUCUGUGUUCUCCACCAUCCCCGAACACCAGAAAGCCGCAAACCAAGGUCUCUUCAUCCUGGAAUUUGUCAUGAUCGUGGUGUUUGGCUUGGAGUACUUCAUCAGGAUUUGGGCAGCCGGAUGUUGCUGCAGAUACCGAGGAUGGAAAGGACGACUGAAAUUUGCCAGGAAGCCUUUUUGUGUCAUAGACUUCAUUGUGUUCGUGGCGUCACUGGGAGUGAUUGCAGCAGGUACGCAGGGCAACAUCUUUGCUACGUCCGCCCUGCGCAGCAUGCGUUUUCUUCAGAUUUUGCGUAUGGUACGCAUGGACCGACGAGGAGGCACCUGGAAACUUCUGGGCUCCGUGGUGUAUGCUCACAGCAAGGAGUUGAUCACAGCCUGGUACAUAGGUUUCCUGGUCCUGAUCUUUGCCUCCUUCCUCGUCUACCUGGCAGAGAAAGACAUCAACUCAGACUUCAACACUUAUGCAGACUCCCUCUGGUGGGGGACUAUAACUUUAACUACGAUUGGCUACGGUGACAAGACCCCUCAUACGUGGCAGGGACGGCUGCUAGCUGCCGGCUUUGCUCUUCUGGGAGUCUCUUUCUUUGCCCUGCCUGCUGGAAUUUUGGGGUCAGGCUUUGCCUUAAAGGUUCAAGAGCAACACAGGCAGAAACACUUUGAGAAGAGGAGGAUGCCUGCAGCAAACCUGAUACAGGCUGCAUGGCGUCUCUACUCAACAGAUGCCAAACACUCCUAUCUAACAGCUACUUGGUACUUCUACGACAGCAUGUUGCCUUCUUUCAGAGAACUGACGCUACUGUUCAGUCACCUCCAGAGACAGCGUAACACCAAGAAGGUUCUCCACAACUCCUACCACACGCUGCUGUCUGGGCUGCGGCCCUACAGCUCCCCCUACCUGUCGGGGGACAGCGGUAAAAUAGGCUUUCGGGAUCGGAUCAGGAUGAACAAUUCCCGUUCAUCCCAAACCAUUCGGAACAAGGCUUCGCCGUUGCCCCCUAGCUCCGGUGUCCGACGCUCUCCCAGCCAGGAGAACGUCCCCGAGGCCACGAGCCCGGGAAAGGUCCAAAAGAGCUGGAGCUUCAAUGACCGCACACGCUUCCGCACCUCCCUGCGCCUCAAACCGCGUCCCCCUGUUGACGAGGGACUCGGGGAGGACAGCGUGGAAGACAAACCAUACUGUGACGUAACCAUGGAGGAGGUGAUCCCAGCAGUGAAGACUCUUAUACGAGCUGUCAGGAUCUUGAAGUUUCUUGUGGCCAAGAGGAAGUUUAAGGAGACACUACGCCCGUACGAUGUGAAGGAUGUCAUAGAGCAGUAUUCUGCUGGACACUUGGACAUGCUGGGCCGCAUCAAGAGCCUGCAGACCAGGGUGGACCAGAUAAUUGGACGAGGAGCUGUUCAGCCAGAUAAGAAGACACGUCCUGAAAAGGGAGAGAAGACACAGCCAGAACUGGACUCACUGGAUGAGCUAAGCAUGAUGGGCCGUGUAGUCAAGGUGGAGAAACAGGUUCAGUCCAUAGAAAACAAGCUGGACCUCCUGCUCAACUUUUACUCCCAGUGCCUGAAGAAAGGCUCGUCCAACUUUACUUUGUCCUCCCUCCUCGACCCCGACCUGACUUCUGACUACCACAGCCCCACGGACCAAAGAGACCUCUUCCCCUCUGCUAACACACUCAACAUCUCUCAGUCUGAGAGCGGCAACUUGGAAUGACAAUGAGCUGACUGUUUGAACAAAGACACAAACCCUUUACAGUAUGUCUUCCUAAGGCUGUGUCCUCACUCAGCCUAAAUGACUUCUCCUCACUUCCUUUCAUUUCAGUCUUCACUCCGCAUCCCCCAUUUACUUUCUCCCUCGAGUGAACGUUUCCAGCCCGAGGCCACCAGAUGGCUCCACCUGACAGGGAGCCACAGCCAAAGCUGCUCACCGCACACACCUCUGAACCCACUACUGUACAUGAGGAUGGAGAUGAAGAAAGGACACGAGAACGACUAAUACUUGACUACUGAACCACUCUCAGCCGCUCACUUCAUGCUAUAUACAUCGAUGCCUAAUUUAAAGCUGUAGAUAAUCGGUGCGGUUCACUGAAGUUUUUUAAAGUUUUAGAGAAAUCCUUUGUCCACACCAUCAGUUUUCAUCAGACACUGAUUUGUCUGUGAGUACUUUGAUAAUUUAGGAUGGCAUCACAGCUCUUGAGUAGCACCAAAGGAGCUGAGACAAGGUGCUCCUGUGGAAAGGGGGAGAAUCUCUCAGGCUCGGCUGACAGCCACCAGACUUCAGUGGUAUCAUCUGAAAAAAAGGAAGGGUUAAACGUGUAAAUCCUGCUUUAAUUGCCCAAACUACACACAUGAAACAGAGUUAGGAGAAUGUGUUGGACUGGUGUGCAUACAGUACAUUACUCCUUAGAAGUUUGGUCUCCAACAAGCCCACGUGCAAAAAAACAACAAAGAAAGAAAGAAAACAACCCACACACAUCCCUGUUUGACUGAACUAAGGAAUGCUUGUACUUGUUUAGAAUUUAAUAGAGCCAAAAUGUUCUUUAACAGGCUUUCAAAUGCCACUUAUCUCAGUAACCUGUAUUUAAAUUUAAACCUGCCCUUUAAAACUUGCUGUCUUGCAGCCCACGUUCCCGGCACGCAUGCUCCUCAGACCAGAUAGAAAAAAAAAGAGAAUUUUAUGGACAGGAACGCGUCACUUUCUCCGGAGCUUCUCGUCACUCACCCUUACCCUCAGGUCAGCUGGUUCAGGCAGUCUGCAGUGCACACUCUUACUCUCACUGGGACGUUUUGACCCAGUUUGGCACAGUUUUGUUAAACAUUGAAUAUCCUGAAAGGCAUCCAGGUCAAAUGCAUGAAUUUCCUUACCCAGAUGAACGCUCGUGUGCUGGGAAACGGUUACAGCCUUACAGCCUCAGCUUGCAGCCGGCGUACUUUGCUCUCUUUUUGUCUUUUCUGGUUUCUUUCUCAUUGCCCUUUUGCGCUCUAAAUGCUCUCUGCUGAUGGAAAAAACUGGAGAGUGCACAAGUGCACACACAUACACACACAUAUAUACAUAUAUUAUCAAUGAAAGUCCUUUUUACUUAAAUACUCUGGCACUUGAUGAAUCUUUUGUUUUGAUUCCGUUACUGUAAUUGUGUUCAUGCACUCGAUUUCAUGUAACCUAGAAGAGAGGAUGUUUUUUAACAAUUUCGGUUGUGAAUGCAGGAUUUAAGUUAAUAUAUUUAAUUAGGCUAGAUAUGAUUGUUCAAUUAAUGUAGCAUUUUAUUUUCAAGUUAAAUCAUGGUUCACACGCAUGAAUUGCAGAGCUCAUAUGUAUUAUAUAUAUAUAUAUACAUUUUUUUUUUUUAAAUGUCUUCGGAUAAUUGACUGAGAAAACAUCCAUCUUGCUGUAUUUGGCCAGUAAAAACACGUCUUCUGUCCCUGUAAAUCACUCAUUCAUUUGGUCCAGUCACGCCAGUUGACUCAGGUGCUCCACUUUAGACUUUUACACAGUGAAUGUACUUCCUCGCACGGUCCUUUUAGAUCUGUUUAUGGUCUUUUGCUCUUGCUGCCAUGAGGAAUAAAAUGGCACUAUGAGCUUGCAGUUUUGCUCUCAUUUAAUUCACGGAGAGGCGCUCGGUAGCUUUAUUACGUGGCCUAGAUUAUAGAAGAGGUGCCUAUUUAUUAGAGGCAUUAUUAAACUGAACAGUGCCGCCGUCACUUUAUUGUCACCUGGAAUGUCGAGCAUUAUGAAAAUGUAUGCGAGAUCUCUGUAUUGCAUGUUGUUUGUUUCGUGGUAGCCCCAGUAUUAGAAGACCAACUUUAAGGAUGUAAAACCUAGAGUUAAGACAGGAAAGGAAAUUACCUGUGCCUUCUACUCCCUCGUUCUAUUGUAAGCCCGCUUCGAAGAGACGUGUUUAACUGAAACCACGUGAGGAUGGUCACAUGCUACGUUACCGCAAAACGUCAAGAUUGUUCUAAAGAUUUGUUCUGACUGCUGUAAACUUUGGUAUAUUUGAGAAUUUUGCUGUAUGUUCGGGAUAUCAUUGUACGUACCAGGUCCUUAUUGCAUCGACACCCUUUCUGUAUUAGAUGUGGAGGCUGGAGGCAUGGACAUUUGUGUCGUCGCAGGAGUCUCUGCUGUCAUGUCUCCUCUCAUAAGCAUGUCACGUAGCUCAGAAUGGCUUCCACACAACUACCUCUGAAGCCACUAGGGGGGCGCUAGUCUAGAAACCCGAGUAUGAGAAACUUUAACUGUCUGACUGAAUGCUACGCAUGACUCAAUCUGCACGUUCUUUUUUCAUGUCUUCUUCUUCUUCAUGACGCCCAUCUUUCACUGACUUGCUGCCAUCCGACAUUCCAGCUCAUCGCUCUGUAGCGUCUCUCUUAUUUGUCUGAACUGUCGUUAAAGUGAAACUCAAACUGAUCAAGCAAUAAGAAAACUGAACAAAGUCUUCCAACUCUAAUUGAUGUGGCUACUGGUUGAAUGAAACAUGGCACUGAUUUAUUUUCUAAUCUAAUGAGCACCUCCAUUUGAUCCUUUUAGGAGAUGCAACAACAACAACAACAAAAAAGUGUAUCUGCUGGAGAUGAAAUUGGAUCAUUUGACUAAUUAUUAAUUUAUUAAAGCUCU